CAGGAAGACGGGCUGAAGAGGAGUGUUGCAGGGCAGGCUGGAGCAGCAAAACUUUGCAGGGCCCCGCAACCAUAUCGCCGGAUUGGCCUGUGCACGCCGGAGCCACCGCCGGGCCGCAGCGGCCCAGCCCAGCCCGGACCCCAGCCUCCGCUCGCGAGCCGCCCCGGUGCGACGUGGCACGUUCAGGAGCAUGUCCUGCCGCUGAGAGGGGCCCGGCACAGGCGAGUCUGUCUCAUCAUGGCGAUGGCCCACGGCACCCGUGUCCAGUACGAGCCGGUGGCCGAGAUCGGCGGAGGCGCUUACGGGACCGUCUAUAAAGCCCGGGACACGGAGAGCGGGCAGUUCGUGGCCCUGAAGAGCGUCCGCGUCCAGACGGACCAGAACGGCCUGCCCAGCUCCACGGUGAGGGAGGUGGCUCUGCUGAGGCGGCUGGAGCAGUUCGACCACCCCAACGUGGUGAGGCUCAUGGACGUCUGCGCCACGCAGAGGUCCGACCAGGAGACCAAAGUCACGCUGGUGUUCGAGCACGUGGACCAAGACCUGAAGACGUACCUGGAGAGAGCUCCGGCUCCCGGGUUAUCUCCCGGCCGCAUCAAGGAUUUAAUGAAGCAGCUACUGUGUGGCCUUGCGUUUCUUCACUCUAACCGUGUGAUGCACAGAGACCUGAAACCGGAGAACAUCCUGGUAACCAGUCAGGGCCAGGUCAAACUGGCCGACUUCGGCCUGGCCAGGAUCUACAGCUGCCACAUGGCGCUCACUCCUGUGGUGGUGACGCUGUGGUAUCGACCUCCUGAAGUCCUGCUGCAGUCCAGCUACGCCACUCCGGUGGACAUCUGGAGCACCGGCUGCAUCUUCGCCGAGAUGUUCAGACGCAAACCUCUGUUCUGUGGAGAAUCGGAAAUGGACCAGCUCGGGAAAAUCUUUGAAGUUGUCGGGCUGCCGCCUGAAGAGGAGUGGCCCACUGAUGUUACACUAUCCAGAAAAAACUUCCCCCCUCUCAUGGCUCGCCCAAUCACGGACUUUGUUCCUGAGAUAAAUGAGCAGGGGGCCCAACUAUUGCUGAAAAUGCUGACCUUUGACCCCCUGAAACGAAUAUCCGCCCUGAAUGCACUUGAACACCUGUAUUUCCACGACGAGGAGACGCUGAUUGAAACGAAAAGCUGAGGUCACGCGGUGACACACGCGGCACGAGGUAACGGCGCGUGUGUGUGCGUGCGUGUAUGUGUGUGUGUAGGAGUCGCUGCAUCGCCUUCCCACGUGUUCGAUUUCGUCUUUGGAUUUCUAUUUUGUUUACCUGUCACCUGUCAAUGCUGAAGAGAGAGAGAGGAGUGAUGUUGAGGAUCACUGGCACGCUUUUCUAUGUAAAAUGUCACAGCUGAGGAUGUUAACAUGUCACGUCUUGUGGGACAGCACCCGUGUUUUUACGUGUUUGAUUUCCGUGUCGGUGUCUUCGGUAUGGGCCGAUGUUACAGAAAUGUCUGUUGAAAAUGUUGCUCAUGCUGUGUGUAUCAAUAUACAAACAAAAAGAACAAUGACGCCGUAAACCUGCAUCCCUGUGUGACAUUGUACAACGGAAAUGUAUUUAAAGCGUGGAAGAAAAGAAGACGAGGCUGGAUUAAUAAAAGAGAAACGCACAAGAGAAACACACAUCAGAGAGGUGCUGAUAUUGACCUUUGUGUACAUCAAAAUUGAUUGUAUUUUGUCUGGAUUGUCAUAGGACUGUGAGAGUGUGAGUAGUUUAAUGUUAAAAUGACAUGAAAUCAACAAUUACUGCAGCAAGCAAGUCGAUGAAACAAUUUCAAUCUCUUUCAGGACUUAAUUUGUGUAUCGCCCUGGAAAAAUGAAUGAAUCAGAUGUGAAUGGUUCAUGAAAAGUGAAAUGUGCUGAGAUGUUUUGUCACAUACAAAACUGAAAUAUAUUUA